CAUACCUCUGAGGAUUCCGCUCGGAAUAGAACCUCACAAUACCCAGAUGACUGGUGCUUAGCAACGAUAUAAAGGGGAAAGACCAUCGCCUCCGUCUUCUCUUGUGAGAGAUACUUGUCUCGCUAACCGACAGUCGAUAUACUUCUACAAGAAGCCCCUAGACCCUCCACUCACUCAAAAAUGGCAUCUCUCCCCAGCGUCGGGGACCUCGUCCCGCAGCUCGCGGGCCUCUCGCCCAUCCCGCCCGGCCACCGGGCCCCAGGUCUUGGCGGCCAGAACUUCACGCAUUGCUGCCUGUUAGCAGUGAACGAGUCGCUCGCAGUCGGCAGCGAUGGCAACCUCACAUACACGGCGACGCCGUUCGUAGCUCCGGGUGUUCCUAUCGGCGCGCUGGGCGGCGACGGCGGCCAGUUUCCGUGCGGCGCGUCCUUCGACGGCGACGUGGGGGGCGCGCCGCCGGUGCGGGUGCCGUACGACUGGUGCGCGGCGCGGUGCGGCGGGUGGGAGAUGUCUCGGCCGGGGGCGACGCAGCAGUGGGUCGGGCCGCUGGUGCAGUUCAUCGUGCCGAGCCUGGCGUUCUGCACCAACGUGCCGCGGACGCGCAAGCUGGCCAUCCCGGACGUCGUCUUCCGCGGGCGCCCGCGCUCGCCCGCCGGCUUCGCCUCGUACUGGCUGCGCCUGCUCGGCGCCUUCCUCCUCGUCACCGCCGACACCUUCGUCUGGCUCGCCAUCUGCUUCGCCUUCGCCGGCCCCAUGCUGCUCAGCGCCGUCUACGAGUACGCCCUCGACCGCCGCGUCCUCGAGUUCCUCGCCGCGCCCCCCGAGACCCGCCCCGCCGCCGUGCCCUCCCGCCUCCGCGCCCACCUACUGCUCGCCGUCGUCGUCGGCAACCUCCGCAUGGCGACGCUCGAGACGCACGACGUCGAGAGGGCGGGGCCCCGCACCCGCCGCCACGACAGCGUCGUGUCCGACGACUCCGAGCUCACGACGGCUCCUGUCAAUAGCCGCAAGAUAGGCGAGGUCGUGCACAACACUAUCUGGAAGAGGGUCACAGCGAUCGUGGAAGAAUACGAGGCGGCGAGGCUGGCGGAUCGCGAGGACGAGCCGGUCGUGUCUCUGCCUACUAAGCUGAAGUCGCUGCUUAAUUCCCAGGCUAGCUUCGGGUCGACGAUCGGCGGACCAACGCUCUUCUUCAUAGGCGGGUUCAUAUACACGGUAUUGGACGUCGAAAACAAUCUCGGCGACAACGACACCGCUCACGCCCUUGCGUUCGGCUUGUGGUGGAUGGUGAUCCCUUACCUCGCUAUUAUUUCCUGCGCUAUGCUUGCGUCCAACGGCACCAGCGCGCUCAACGGCAUCGUGUAUGACGGCAGCACCGUGACCCGCCCUGACGAGUACGAGCCGAGCUUCUGGGCGCAGCAGAUCAAGAAGGCCGAGGCGUACCCGGUUCUCGGCUGGGCCAUCAGGCAGGUCGAGGGCUACAGCCCGAUCGAGACCGCGUCCGAGGGGCGCUUCCAGACGGUGAAGCUGUGGAAGCGCGGCCUCAACAAGCAAGAAUGGGUCCAGGAGGCGAUCCGCGACUACGAGCACUCGGCGUCCGAGGGCGCGCCCGGCGACAGGCUAUCCCCGAGCGACCUGCGCCGGUCCCUGCAGCUCAACCGCCGCGACGUCCUGUACGUCCUCUUCGGGGCCGCGUUCGCGGUGCUGGUGCCGUGCUGCCUCGCCUUCCUCACCUCCUACAACACGCCGCAGGCCGGGCUCUCCUGCCGCAGCCUGACGUACCUCGUCUACGCCGUGAGCCAGGCGUGCGAGAUGGCCCUGUGGGCGUCGGCCGCGAGGCUGCGGGUCCGGCACGGCGCGCGCUGGUCCGAGGCGUGCCCGACCUCCAAGAAGGUCGCUUGGUGGGGGCAGGUGUUCGUCGGCUUCUUCUCCAUAUUCGCCGCCGCUGGCGGCACCGUUAUGCAGCUCCUCGGCGUGUUCCGCAGCUGCACCUGUAAGGUGCCCGUUAGAUACUGGCCGCGGCUGCAUGACCCGAGCGCUUAUAUCGUUCUGAGCGACAAUACCGCCGAAGACAUCGCGGCCGCCCAGCACUGGUGGACGGCGACUGGCACGACGGCCGUAAUCGUCAUCGGGAUCGUGUGUGCGCUUGCGUGGUGGCACCAACGGCGUCUACGAAAGGUGUUUCGAGACGAGGCUGAUAGAUUAGAAACUGAUGCGUGGUAAAUAAAACUAGCGGUACGACGCCCGGGGCCGUGAUCUGCGAAGAAAUAUGGUCUGUAUGUCGAUUAUGAUGAUUCGUUAGAUCGUGGCUUCGUGAAGGGGGGCUCAAUAAGCGACUUCGCAUCCUGAAGCCACCGCAGCUCGAUAUUAAUGAUGCUAAAUAACAAUUUGACCACCCCUCUGUUCAGGCUACAGCAUGGGAUGAUGAAUAU